AUGUCUAGUAUCAACAAUGAGCUCACCUCCGAUCAGCAAUACUGGUGGCAACUUGUCGAACCAGCGCUCUCGAGACUUCUGGCAUACACCGGCAGGUAUACGGCCGAGGAACAGGAAAGUCACAAGCGUUGGUACGCAACCAAAGUCACGUCAAUCUUUGGACCGCGAGCCACAACGGAAAACCCAGACCUGAACCUCUUCACACACGACUCUGGUCCAUGUCACAUAAGCGUGAACUGGUCUGCCAAACGGAAGCCUGUGGUGCGCAGCGGCAUGACCCGCCCACAUGAUGUUUUCAACAGCUCCUCCUUUGUUGAUGAAUUGCAACCCAUGAUAAGUACGUCCCACGCGGCGGACCAGACCGUGUUUGACGCGCUGGGUGAAGAUCUGUUCUUGAAGGACCCUGAGGAGAUUUCCAAGGUCAAGGCAGCGGUCCCUCCCGAACUGCAUUCUCGUAUACCCAACAUUGCCAUCGCGUGGGAUCUGGAUGGAGCUAAACGCAAGCUGAAGCUGUACGUCAACCCCCAGGGGAAGAAACUUGCGACAGGGCGAAGUGGAAACGACAUUGUCAUAAGCAGCAUUCGCCGCUUGGACAGGUGCGGGUGCGACUUCAAGAGCUCAAUGAAUCUUGUCGAGCGCUACGUCACAGAGCUGAACCCAGAGAAACUUGACCUCAUUAUCAUUGGCAUGGACGCCGCCGAUCCAUCUCUACCGAAUACCCGGAUCAAGCCCUACGGCAUUGUGCCCGAAGCAAAUUCAUGGGAGGUCGCGAAGAAUGUUUACACACUCGGAGGCCAGGUUGUCAACGAAGAGCGCAUGAGAGGGCUCGACAUUCUUAGCAGCAUCUGGGAUCUUCUCCGUUGCCACAGGGGAGAACGUCUGCCGGACGACUAUCAUAAGCCCUGUAAUGAUAUGAGCUCGACCCGCGGCGUCCUGACCCCAAGCUUCGAAAUGGUUUCCGGCCAGGCCGUUCCCGAUGUCAAGAUGUAUUUGAGUCAGUGGCAGUUCGCGAAGACAGAUCGCGAGAUUGCUGAGUGUAUUGUCGAAAUCUUCAAGAGGUUAGGUUGGCAGAAGGAGGCAGAUUCCUAUUUCGACCUUUUGCUGGAAGCAUUGUCAGUAGUCUCUCCAUCAAUCACCCUCUGCGAGAGAGACGCGCACGCUGUAUGA